AUGGCGACUGUGGAACCGAAAACCACCCCUACUCCUAAUCCCCCGCCUACAGAAGAAGAGAAAACAGAAUCUAAUCAGGAGGUUGCUAACCCAGAACACCAUAUUAAACAUCCUUUACAGAACAGAUAGGCACUCUGGUUUUUUAAAAAUGAUAAAAGCAAAACUUGGCAAGCAAACCUUCGGCUGAUCUCUAAGUUUGAUACUGUUGAAGAUUUUUGGGCUCUGUACAACCACAUCCAGUUGUCUAGUAAUUUAAUGCCAGGCUGUGACUACUCACUUUUUAAGGAUGGUAUUGAGCCUAUGUGGGAAGAUGAGAAAAACAAACGAAGAGGACGAUGGCUAAUUACAUUGAACAAGCAGCAGAGAGGAAGUGACCUGGAUCGCUUUUGGCUAGAGACACUACUGUGCCUUAUUGGAGAAUCUUUCGAUGACUACAGUGAUGAUGUAUGUGGAGCUGUUGUUAAUGUUAGAACUAAAGGUGAUAAGAUAGCAAUAUGGACUACUGAAUGUGAAAACAGAGAGGGAACACAUAGAGGGAGGGUAUACAAGGAAAGGUUAGGACUUCCUCCAAAGAUAGUGAUUGGUUAUCAGUCCCAUGCAGACACAGCUACUAAGAGCGGCUCCACCACUAAAAAUAGGUUUGUUGUUUAA